AUGGCGACGCCCACACCCUCCAAAGACAAGGAGACGCCAUCCAAACACCUCAACGCGUUCUCUCCUGCACCGCGCAGCGUACCACCUACCGGACAUAUUAAUAUGAUGUCGUACGAUUCACCCGCGGUUCUCAACAUGCUCAAUGACGUGGCGAACUCGGGAAUGGGAGGCGUUGGCAUGGGCAUCAGCAUGAGUGGACUAGGCAUGUCCAACCUGGGUAUGACGGCUAGUGCAACGGGACGCGCAGACGAGGCCGAGAGGAGUCGGAGGCUCCGAGAGAUCAUAGACAUUGUAGGGAAGAAGCCAGGACGCGUCAGUGAAGAGGGCCUGCUUGCGCUGUGCGACCGAAUGGGCAUACCAUACGAGAAGCACAUGGACGAGGCAGGCACCUGGAGUCUUUUAAUUGGCGAUGAGGCGCUGUGCGAUGUCACAUUCAAGAACGAUGAGAUUGCAAGUGUGAACCUGCAGACUGGGCUCGACGACUCGAGGCCCGACUUGAACUUUGGCGCGACAGGCUCGGAAAUCCUUGUGCGGAGUCUGAAACCUCUUCCAGGGCAAAGCAAGCUGAACGUGACGCUGGAGCGCUUUUCCGAGAGUUUGGAGAAGCUUUUGACGCUUGACAAACUGGGAUCCUCGCAAAACGGUGGAGUUAGUUGCUACAACGCAAUUGCGGGAAUCUACACGAGCCUUCGGAAGCUGUUCGAGCACGAGAAGAAGAUUGAGCUUGCAAAACGGGCACCAGACGAGCGAUACAGGACGCACAAAGCGGAGCGAGAGGUCAUGUGCAAGAAGAGCGGACGGCCGAGGUUCAAUGGCGGAUCGUGUCUCGGGCUCAGUCUGGAAUACUGGAUGGACGCGCGGUGGGUAAUUCCGAAAACGACACCUGAAGCACUGGAUAAGGGCAAGGACAAGAUGGACGCCAACUCGCCGGAUGCUGCCUCAUAUCCCGAGGACGAUUAUUGGACCAACAACAAAAUGUACUCGCUAACCAUCGAGUGUGAGGCUUCGCCGUCGGCGCUCUAUACGCCCAUCCGCAUAUCCAACGAGUGGAUCAGCGAUCAGAUUGAGAAGACGGCGGACAACCACGAUGCGGACCACUUGAAUAAUAUGCUCAUGAACACGUCAUCGAUAGACUGGCUUGAACCAAAGCCAACGUACCUCGAAGCGCCCGAGCAGACUGACGAUGCAAUGAACCUUGACUCUGCUGCGGGUAGGUUGCCUAACGCCCGAUUUGUUGCCAAGUUCAACCCACCGCUCGUCGUACCCUACGCUGUGCAUAUGCAACUGCACCAGACGGUUGGUCUCGAGCCGCGCAACGAUGACUUGCGGCCUACUACGUUUGUGGGACUGGCACUUAGGCCUGGAGAGGUUGACCCAGGCAUGUCUGGCACGACUGGCGAAAACACACAUGAGAUUCGGAGUUCGCAUGUGGUACUGUCCAAAGACCUGGAGGGAAACCACACGGAAAAGCAUCACAGCAUGAGCCUGUACGUGCCGAAGCUCGAAUACAGCCGUACACUCGAGAGUCUUCCCUUCAGCCACCCGAAACAACUAGUCGAGAUACUGCCGGUGCUGCGCCAGUACGCGCACGCGACAACGCUCCUCCGCAACAGUUUCUACGAAGCGCCGCAAAAGCCGAUUCCCACUCACAAACUCGGGCAGCCACUGGCGGCCAAAGCAAAAGCCCCGGAUGCGGCGCACGCAGCGCUGCAAAUCGAUGUCACGCUCAACUACACGCCGCCCAUCCCACGCAUCACAAUGCACGUGCCCCACCCCUCUGCGGCUACGUCUUCGCUUCAAGACGCGCGCACCAAGUCGUCAAGCACAGACGACGUAUCGCAUCUGCUGGCCCAGCUCCUGUCUGACGAGACGGCACAUGGCUACCACGGAGCGCUCAGCGUGGUGGUUGAUUUUCACGCCAACGGCGAUGUGGUGGUGACGGAGCAGAAUGUGAUAGGAGGAGGAGGAGGAGGGGGUGGCGAAGAAGAGGCGAAGCGGAUGGGGCAAGGGUUGGAUGUCAGCGAUGAUUUGGGGGUGUGGGCGGAGUGGCUGCGUCGAGAGGCUUUGCGUGGAGGUAGGUAGGUAGGUAGGUAGGUAGGCUGGGGGUGUGGAGGAACAAGGGGCGUGGGGUGUGGUUGGACUAGUGGUUAGCUAGGAGGAGUGGGAUGUAUUGAUUGAAACAUGUCACUUGUGAAUGACCGAGGCAAAGAAGAAGAAG